AUGUCUGCCUCAACAAACCCCCCAGAGUCAUCCUAUACCGCCAUGGACAAAGACGUCGAAGCCAUCGGCGCCCACUGCGAAUUCGCCUACUGCCACCAACUCGACUUCCUCCCCUUCCGGUGCGACUCAUGCCACCACACCUACUGUCUCGACCACCGCAGCGAGACCGCCCACAAGUGUCCGCGGGCGGGCGAAUGGGCAAGAAACAGACGGCUGAACAGCAUCGGGAAAACAGGCGGCACCACCACAACUGGAGGAAGGCAGGGUAAACCAAACCACGUCAACGCCACACAAUGCGCCGAGACGACGUGCAAGACGUUUGUCAACACGUCCCAAAACCUGGGCGUGCACUGUCCGCAGUGCAACCGGACGUACUGCCUCAAACACCGGUUCCGCGAGGACCACGACUGUAAGAACCUCACCCCGCUGGGAGCACGGCCGAUCGAGAUCGCAAUGCAGUCGAACAAGGAGAAGCUGCGGAUCGGGUUCGGACGCCUCAAGACCUGGGGCAAGGAGCGGCAGGAGGCGUUGACGCCGAAGCCCGGCCCGACGAGCAAGGCCGCGCAGGUGGCCGCGCUCAACGCCCUGAAAAAGAACGCCAAGGGCGACGACAAGCUCCCGCCCGAGAAGCGCGUCUACCUCCACGUCGAGGCCGAGGCCGCCUCGACCACGGCCAAGCUGCCCAAGGCCGACCUCUUCUUCUCGCCCGACUGGUCGAUCGGCAGGAUGCUGGACGAUGCGGCCAAGAGGCUGCAGGUCGCCAACGUGAACAACCGCGUCGAGACCGAGGAGCAGCGGUUACGGGUGUACCAUGUCGAAGGCGGGCGGCUGUUGGAGUUCAGCGAAAAGAUCGGGGCCUGUCUGGCGACGGGGAACACCGUGGUUUUGCUGAGAGGUGUUGGUCCCAAGGAAAGUGCGAAGUGA